AUGAGAAGAAGUACCCGCAAGACCUCCAUCGUCAAAAGGGAGGCAUCCCUCAGCCCCUCCCUCUCCGAGGUACCGGCAACCUCGUCAAGCACGAUCAAGCAAGAGUUCACCGAACUCGAGGUAGAAAUCAAAGCAGAGCCGUCCCCAACCAAGUCCCGUAAGCGCAAGCGCAGGGAUGAAGAUGAGUCGAAGGAACCUCCUCCACCAAAGAGAGAAGCUCGCUAUCGCAAAUCACAGUGGUGGACAGGAUUCAUGGUCCACCGCUCUGGCGUGGACUCCUCGUCUGGGAGCAUCCGCGAGACGUUCAACAUGCUCGGUUCGACUGGCAACAUCUACCCUGACGAGCUUGCUUCCAUCUACGCCUCCGCACCUACAUCCACUGAUGCACUCGCCUCGGAAGCCGUGCAGAAGGCUUUCCGCAAGGCUACCAGUGGUGCUGACGACGAUGAGGAGCCGACGGCGCAGUCAGAUGUCAGAAAGAUGGUGUCUGAAGGCGAGCUGGUGGACGAGGCCGGCCCAGGAGGUCGACGUCUGACAACGAUUGGUGAUGACUGUCCUAUAAAUGACGAGGGAGGACUUCGAGUCUGGAAGGCUGGUGUUCGAUAUCUCUGUCGGCGGUUGUGGGAAGCGUACGUUGUCACUGUGUUGCCUGCUACUAACAACUACCAGCUCUCCACGACGAGUGUUUUAGGAUGUGGUCUUCAUCUGCAGGGCACAUCUUCUACCUGCGUCUGGUGCCGUUCUCCUUGGGCUGCGCCGGCGCCGCAGACCAAGGGCGGAGUCGCACACACCAGGUCCGGAUACACCUAUCACCACCAUUUCGUCAAAGGCGGCAAAGGCAAAACUUGGGCCGACGUCUACGCGGAGGGUGAUGAGCUUGUGUAA